AUGUGUCAAGAAAUCCUGGAGAUCGGUGACUCGACGGAGUUUCCAUUCUCGCCGCAUCAAACGUGGUUCAAGACGCAGCGCCAGCAGAUAGAGUUCAUCGACCAGACCCUAGAGGUUGCGAGGUCGUAUGAUGACGGCCAGGACGACGACAUCGUUGCAGCUAAUCACGACGUCCUCCAAAUAGAUGUAGCAGAAGAGACGGAUGAGCUGCCAGCUGUGGACCGAGCGCUGAACACAAGCUUGGUCUCGGAGGUGAACGGCAGCAACUUGGUACGCGUUAUCUGGUCUGCGCCCGUGACCAGUCCCCAGACGACCGCGGAGCCGGGAUCCAUUGACGACAAGGUCCUCUGGGCUGGCCUGUGGCAGGAACUAUACAUCUCCGUAAUGCACCAAGCGCCGUUGUCCUCAGACGUCGACGUCCACACCAUGCAUAAGCUUACGCAGGGCGCCGAUGACCGUACGUGGACUAACAGGAUGCUCCUUCACCUCGCCGAUGCCGUUACAUAUUGCCAUGCCGAGGAGCGCAGCACCGCGACCUACGACCGCCUGGCAAGCUACUCGUCCACGUGGAUGGAGGCGAGGCCGCCGUCCUUUGACCCGGUGUACGUACGGGCGUCUCCGGGCACGAUGUUUCCCGAAAUCUGGCUUUUGAACAACGUAGUUGCUGCUGGGCUGCAGUACUACCACCUGGUGAAGAUUCUUCUUCUCGCGCACAACCCGAGGGUGCCGCUGUUGGGGGCCGCUCAAAGGUCUGCCAAGGAGCGCGGGGAUGCACUCAUCCGAGAGGAUGUCAGAACCAUCUGCGGAAUUGCAGAGUCAAUGGAUGGAGUUCAUCCUGCGCAUUUGUGA